AGGAGGACCUCUCCUCAUAAGUUUACUUUGCCCUUUGCGGGAGAUGGGAUUCGGCGUCCGCAAACGCACCGAGAGACGACCGGGCACGGGGGAGUAGACUUGGGUGAGCACGCCGAAAUCUGCCGGAUUGAGGAUUACCUGCGGGUCAUGGACGGUCUCGUCUAGCGGAGGUUGUCGGCGGUUUCCCGGGUUGCGCGCGCUCGCAGCAAAAGCGGACCUCGCAGUGCGACUCCAGGCGGCUCUGAAGGAAACCAUAUCUGGUCAAAGUAUUCGUUGCUGUCACCCAGCGGGACCGUCCGGCUAUAAAUAGCGCUGGAGGAGGUCCGUCUCUUUCCCAAGAGCACUGCAGGCACUUGGCUGCCUUUGCUGUUAUUUUACCCCUGAGCUGCGGCUCAUUGAGCUAUAGUUAUUUUCUCAAAUCCCAGGGUCUUCCAGGCUCCUGAUCUACAUUUCGCCUUUUUGCGUGGAGGGGUUAUUGAGGUGUGCUGUCCAUCAUGUCGGUGUUGAGGAAGGAGAUGGAGAAGUACAGGGACAUAGAUGAGGACGAGCUGCUGAAGAAACUCUCAGAGGAAGAGCUGCAGCGGUUAGAGGAUGAAUUAGAGGAGCUGGAUCCUGAUAAUGCAUUGUUGCCAGCUGGGAUGCGGCAGAAGGACCAGACUAAGAAAGCUCCGACAGGAACGUUUCAGAGAGAUAACCUCCUGGCCCAUCUGGAGAAACAAGCCAAAGAGCAUCCUGACAGAGAAGACCUGGUUCCCUUCACAGGGGAGAAGAGAGGGAAAGCGUGGGUGCCUAAAAAGAGGGUGGACCCCAUCAUAGAGAACGUGACUCUGGAGCCAGAGCUAGAAGAAGCCCUAGCUAGUGCUACUGAUGCUGAACUGUGUGAUAUUGCAGCCAUCCUGGGUAUGCACACCCUGAUGAGUAACCAGCAGUACUACGAAGCCCUGGCCAGCAGCACCAUAGUCAACAAGCAAGGCCUCAACAGUGUGAUCCAGUGCACCCAGUAUAAACCAGUCCCUGAUGAGGAGCCCAACUCCACUGAUGUAGAGGAGACCCUGUUGAGAAUAAAGAGGAAUGACCCUGACCUAGUUGAGGUCAACCUCAACAACAUCAGGAACAUCCCUGUCCCGACUCUGAAGGCAUACGCUGAGGCUCUGAUGAAGAACACUGUGGUGGAGAGGUUCAGUAUCGUAGGAACCAGAAGCAAUGACCCCGUAGCAUUUGCACUGGCAGAGAUGUUGAAGGUGAACACGAUGCUGAAGAGCCUGAAUGUUGAGUCCAACUUCAUCACAGGGACUGGAAUCCUGGCCCUAAUAGAGUCACUGCAGAAUAACACCACGCUACUGGAGCUCAAGAUAGACAAUCAGAGCCAGCCGUUAGGCAACAAGGUGGAGAUGGAGAUCGCCAGCAUGCUGGAGAAAAACACCACUCUGUUGAAGUUUGGCUACCAUUUCACCCAGCAGGGCCCGCGCCUCCGAGGCUCCAACGCCAUGAUGAACAACAACGACCUGGCCCGGGUCGUCAGGUCAGAAUCGGACGGCUCCUUCACCCUCACGCUGUCUGUCCCUGAGCUGGAGAGGGCCUUCGGGAAAAAGUUCAAGUCCAAGACAAAUAAGAAAGAGAAGGCUUGAGGGAGGACCCAUCUUCCCCAAGUGUCGGACGAAUGUGUAGAAACCAGGGUUACCUUCAAUUCCCUGUUCCCCCUCGAGCCCCGCCAUCUUUCCGGAACCUCGUCCCGUAAACCCUCCUCAGCCUCAAAACCUCAGACGACCUACCCAGAAGACCUUGACCCCACGUCAGGUUCAGUUGUUAGGGUUUGGAGGAAAUCUCUGAACUCUUGCUGCUUUCUAGACUUUUUUAGUAGAUAUCAGAGGAUCCAAUGGGAUUAAUCAGCAGUGUCCUCCUGAGCUUUCAGUGCAUGUAAAAAGUGAGAUUGGAACUGGGUUUUAGGCUUGGACAACAAUAUCUGCAGCUCUUUGUACAAACUAACCAGGCAUCACUUACAUUGUCAUUUUGAAUCCUUUAAUAUCUCAUGAAGUGUCUAGAUUCCAUAAUAAGGGGGCUGGAGGUCUGGUUUUGAAUGAGGGCCCAUUUGAAAGGUGACGGGCCACUUUUAGCAAUCCCUGCUCCUAUUGAGUUGAAUGAAUUCUAAAUAUUACUAUUAUUGGGCUGUAAAUGAUUUGUGCUGUCAUUACUGUUGUUCCCAACAGUUUCUGACAUUGCAAAGUCAGCAAUUUAAGGUAUUUUCUACCAAUUAUCCACCUAAGCCAAUGUCCAAUUUUAAUUUGACAGACAAAAAUAAAACACCUAUGAGGAACACUAUAAUGUCACAUUUUGACCAGAGCGUGAAAAUUUGACGUUGUAGCCUUUUUCCAAUUCGGUCUAAACAGUAUUUUAGUGACUUGUUGUCCUUAGUUACUAAGCUAUACAGAUUCUUCAGUAACAGACAGAUUUAUAACUCUGGCUACUGUGAGAUGUGUCGCUAUAUACAGAAUAUAUUUAUUUGUGAAAGACCUGGGAAAGAGUCAGAAUCCGUUCUAAUACUCAACACAACUUGGAUCGAUUGUGCUGGAUAGUGUAAUAACUAGUGUAAAACAUGUUUCUGUAAAUGCAAAUGUACACUCUAAUAACAUUUUACACUGUUACAUUAUCCAGCAUUUAUAUUAGCAGUCUCUAUGGAGAAAUCUCACCUGUUGGGAAUGACAGCUGCCAAAUCAGGCUUUAUUGACUGAAAUCAGAUAUUCUAUGAACCAUCUUGUUCUAUAGAAGUAAGUGUCUGCUGUCAACUAUGUAACUCAGACUACAAUAAUAACCCAAAGAACCCUACAAGUAUUUGAAUGGAUUUCUGCUACGCUUUCAACCAGGUCUGGUUUGUUGAUUGUCUGUGUUUGUUUAUUUUUAUUUACUGGAGCUAAAAAGUGUGCUCAAUAUGAAAUGGUUGGUACUGUUGACUUACUGUUUAUUACAGGUUUCACAAUAAUGCCUCAAUCCAGGUUUGGAGUAUUUCAGUAAUGGUUGUUAGACACAGAUUUAAAAACUGAGGAAACCUCUAAUGUCUUUACAGAUGUCAGAUUAUACAGAUCUGUUUUAUUUAAAUAGGGAGAAGUUCAAUCAACCACUUAACAUCUGAAAUAUGGUAUUACACUCCGAUCUUGGAUUGAUCCCUAAAGAGUUUAUAAUGGAAAUGUUCUGAUCAUCAUUGCCCAAAUAUACUUUGGUAAUGACAGACGCUGCUGUAUAUUUGGCAGCACUUAAUGGGAUUUCUUCUAACUUUAAAAUCAACAGCGCAGUGAGAUAAAAGAAGGGCUCGCUAGAGCUAAAACGUUGCCAUCUUCAGUCAAAAUCACCGGAAAUGGUCUGCACUCUUGUUGCUUUUUGUAAUGGCUCAAGAUGAGAUGGGUCUGCAUUUCCUCCUUAAAGAAAAUGGGUAAACUACCACUUGAAGGUAAAACUGCUCCUACCAUCCAUGUUUCCUUGAUGUGAACAACUGUACCUGAUACUGACACUCAGAGAUUAAAAAGUCAGACGGCAUGUUAAAGGGUUAGAUAACCCAUUUAAUGUCAUUUCAUACAGUAUCACUGCUUUGUUACUUUCUCGUCAGUGCUGUGGCUGUUGCUCAACAAAUGGUAAUCAUGGAUGUAAACAUUUAUAAGACAACAAGUAACUGAAUGCUAAAGGGGGCAAGGACUCAGCCCCUGCCACUCGCAGUCUGUGUGUGUCCUGUUCUUUUCUUCUGUCUAGUGUUCUCUGAUAUUUUAGUGCUUGACUCUGUUUUGUUAGAUAGUUCACCUUUUUUGGUUGAAUUUUUCUCUAUGGGAUAAAUAAAGUUUGGAAAUAACAUUA